AUGCUUGGCAAUGCAAACCAGACAGAAAAUUGCUUGGAGUGGGGUGAUUGGGGACCUUGUAUAUGGGUAAAAGGCUCAAAUCCACUAUGGCAACGCUCAUAUUUUGAUCAAUUACUUCCAGGGAGGAAGGGCUGUAGAAACCACAUGUUUUUCAAAUUGCUUCGAGAACGUUGGGGCGAAGCUUUGAAUAAUGUUUUGGAUUAUUUCAAGGAAUUACUUAUUGAUGAGGAACCUUGUGGAUUUUGCAGCUACCAACACAGCUGCGGAAGGAAAUGUAAUAGAAGGACCGACUUUAAAAGCUCUAUAAAUGCAUUGUUUGUAGCCGAAAGGCGUUGCAUGGAAUUUGAUCAAGUUACCUCAUGUAAAUACAAAUUUAGUCAAGAUCGGGGAUGCAGGUUAUGGCCAAAUAAUUUAAUUAAUCUCCCUAAUGUCAGCGAUUCUAUGGUGAUUUUUAAAUGUUUUCUGUCUUUUUCAACUGAUCAUCUAUCCCUAUAUUAUAAUCUAUAUCCGCAAUUAUAUCACUUCCUAUACUCCUUAUAUAUCCGUUAUAUACCCUCUUAUCUUCGCUCAAUAACUCUCAUUUAUCACUCUAUUCUUACACACCCUUAG